CCAAUUUUUCAGCAGCAUGUCGAUGAUAUGUCUGACUAUCUACCAAUUGACGUAUGCAGAGAACUCUGCGUCGUUCGUGGCGACAGGGAUGUACUUGAUGUGCGUGUUUUCGCAGAUAUUUUAUUACUGCCUUUGCGGCAAUGUAGUCAAAGUGAAGAGUGCCGAAUUUCCUGACGAAAUUUUCAGCAGCGGCUGGCCAUCGUGGAACGAUAGCUCCAAGAAGGUUUUAUUGAUGGUCAUCAGACGUUCGAGAACACCCAUCGAAUUUACUAGUAUGCACAUGGUGUCUCUGAGUCUAGAGUCUUUUAUGGCGCUGCUGAAAACCUCUUACUCCGCGUAUAACCUCAUGACAAAUAGUCGGUAA